GAGAGAGAGAGAGAGAGAGAGAGAGAGAGAGAGAGAGAGAGAGAGAGAGAGAGAGAGAGUGAGAUGACGGGAAUGGUAAUGCUAACGAGAGGAGCUGGCUGCGGUGGCACCGGUUGUGUUGAUGGAAAUGAAGCAACAAAAGAAGGAGGUGCUGCUGAAGAAGAACAAAAUCAGUUGUCGUUAGUAGCGUUGUUGGUAGCAGCUCUACGGAAAUCAAUGGUGGCUUGUCGUGUAGAUCAUGGAGACGAUCAGAGCUCGGGUACAACAGCUCUGCAUCAGAUGGAAAUAGGAUGGCCAACGAAUGUUCAACAUUUGACUCAUGUUACUUUCGAUCGGUUCCAUGGAUUUUUAGGGCUUCCUGUUGAAUUCGAAGUUGAAAUCCCCUGUCGCGUCCCUAGUGCCAGUGUCAGCGUGUUUGGUGUAUCAGCAGAAUCAAUGCAAUGUUGUUAUGAUUCAAGAGGCAACAGUGUCCCGACAAUUCUGUUGCUAAUGCAGGAAAGAUUGUAUGCACAAGGAGGUCUAAAGGCAGAAGGAAUAUUCCGUAUAAAUGCUGAAAACAGUAAAGAAGAGGAAGUACGUGAUCAGCUGAACAGAGGCAUGGUGCCCGAAGACAUUGAGGUUCAUUGUCUUGCAGGUUUAAUUAAAGCCUGGUUUAGAGAGCUACCAUGUGGUGUUCUUGAUGGGCUUUCUCCUGAACAAGUACUGCAGUGUAACACAGAAGACGAUUGUUGUGAGCUUCUCAAACAUCUGAAACCAACAGAAACUGCACUUCUCAACUGGGCAAUUGAUCUUAUGUCUGAUGUUGUUGAGCAGGAAGAAUUUAAUAAAAUGAAUGCCAGAAAUAUUGCCAUGGUUUUUGCACCCAACAUGACUCAGAUGUCGGAUCCAUUGACAGCCCUAAUGCACGCAGUACAAGUGAUGAACCUGCUGAAAACCCUAAUCACAAAAACACUGCGAGAGCGAGAGCGAGAGUGUGAAGAAAGCAGCAGCUCAACCACAACCACAGAUGGAGAAUACUCGCCCAUGUCAUGCCGAUCCCACAGUCGAACAGACGAGAGUCAGGAAGAGAUGGAAACCAGCGGUGAAAUGAGAAGACAGCCAUCAUCAGAAGAUGGAGAAGAUGAAGAUGAAGAUGAUGUGGAAUCACUGAGUGAGAUAGAAGAAAGUUUCUUGAAACGAUUGAUGGAGAAUGAAAAUGCAAAAGACUGUUUCAAGAAUGAAUUGGGGAAUUUGGUGAAAGGGAGGAGGACUAGUCCGACUAGUGGAUUUGAAUUCCAGGAGGAAUCGUCUUCGUCUGUGAUGAGUAUGGCUGAUGGAUAUGUGUCGGGUGUGAGUGAGGCGGAGUUCAUGAAUAAGGUUGAAGUGAAGUGA